AUGUUGGUGGCUUUGAUAAAGAUGGCUUUGAUGAGGAAGAGUGUGAUGAAAAAGAAUCGAAAAAAUAACGGCUGUGAUAAAGGAUCGCGAGGUUAUUUUGAUGGUGAUGGGAAAGAAUCAAAUGGGAAUAGCUUUACCGAGGACGGCUUUAAUGAGAGCAGUUUUGGUGAGAAUAGCAUUGAUGAGAGAAGCAGUGAUGAGCCUGGUUUUGAAGAAAAAGAGUAUGAUAAGAAACUUUUAAAGGAGGAUGGCAUUGAAGAAAGAUCGUGA